UCACCCUCACGAAAACAUUGCAAUCUGACCGGAGACGCUGAAACAGGUAGUUCGAGAGGCCUGUUCCUCCCUGAGAAGACCAUGGCAGAGCGCACCGUCCCUCACGCCUACCCCAUGAGUGCAGAAUACGAGUUUGCCAACCCCAGCAAGAUUUACGACCAGAAUUUUGGAGAAGGUGUUUCCCCUGGUGAAAUCCUGGCCCCCACUUUGUACCACGGCUACUACAUCCGGCCUCGGAUAAACAAGCAGCUGGACCGAGGGAUCUCGGAAGUCAACCUCAACGACCACAAAUUCCAGGUGUUCCUCGACGUCUGCCAUUUCACACCCGACGAGAUCGCCGUCCGCACCGUGGACAACCUUCUGGAGGUGACGGCUCAGCACCCGCAGAAAGUUGACCGCCAUGGCUUCAUCUCCCGCGAAUUCACUCGGACCUACAUCCUUCCCUUGGAUGUUGAUCCGCUCUUGGUGAAAGCCACGUUGAGCCACGACGGGAUCCUGUGCGUUGAGGCUCAGCGGACGGGGAAGGAGGUGAAGGCCAAAGUCAACGAGGUGAAGAUCACGUGCCAAGAACCUCCACCGGAGACGGGAGGAAGCUCAAAGGAGAAGAAUCAGGCCUAAAACCGACUUUAGCAAAGUUGGUCAACGAGAAUGGUUCUGCAGAUAGAUUUCUUUAUGUCCGCAAGGGAAGGUGCACAAAGGAGGCAUUGCCCUUUCAGUAUGAAUUGUUCCCCCCGACCAAAUAAAUUUCUCUCCCUUCCCCAAAUUUCUAGCACUGCACAGUGUGACAAUGAAAAUUAUUUAUGCUUUGAGCCUUUCCAUUUGUUGUGAUCUCAUUCCCUUGUUUUGCCUUUCCUUUUCCUCAGAACUCUUAAAUUCAAUUCCCCAAGUUCUUGGCUGAAAUUUUAAGGGACUGCAAUACUAGAAAUGUAGGGAUUGACCCACUUACAUAGCAAUGGAGAGCAGCCAUUACUUGUGAAUCCCAGCAAACUACGCUAGGUCUAAAAGGAUACAUUACCUUCUUGAAACCUCCGGUUUCCAUCUUGGGAGACACCAUGGCCACUGUAUCCCAUCAGAUUUUUGUGUUUCUUCCACCUCAUUGCCCUUUUUGGCUUC